AUGCCGCUGCAUUUAGCGCACCAUAAAAGCUAUCAAAGGGUACGCGAGGAUGAAGAGCGGGCGCGGCGUGAAGAGGCGAGCGAGGAUCGGCGGCUGGCAGCGCGUGAUCGAUCCGAGCGCAUUGCUCAACUUCGACGACAGCGAGACGCGGCGAAAGGCGUAGACGCACCAUCUACAGAGCCAUUACCAACUACGUCUAUCAAUUUCUGGGCAGAGAUGGAGCGUGAGGCCAAGCCUGCUCAGACAUCCAACACAUUCAAGCAAGCGGUGGAUUUGGACCCAUGGUACGCGCGAUCUAAGUCCCCAGCACGGACCGAUGAGAAGUACAAGUACGUAUGCCUAUUGCUUACACAGACGCCGCGAUGA